AUGGCUAUUACGGAAGAGCCACAGAGGUACCCCUGCAAGACCCAGGAGAAUCUGGAUGCCGAGCUUCUGUCACCAGAGGUGGUCAAACAGGGCAAAAAGCCUGAAGGCACCCAUGAUGACGCUAUCGUUGUCGGCGUGGGAACGCAAGUGCCUCGAUGGGACGUGGUUAAGCAGGCCCCUUGCGUGCUGAGAUACUUCGUCCGGAACGACACGUUCCCCUCGGAAAACUACGCGAAGAAAGCUAGUGAAGCAUUCCAAAAGGCGGUGGUCAGAUGGAUGGAGAUGGACUUUGGUGUCACCAUCGAAGCCACGACCGACAUCGCCAAUGCGCAUUUCGACCUGCGCUACUGGGAUCCCCCGAAUCCACGCGACAAGACGCUUGCACAAGCUUUCUUCCCCAAUGAGAACGAUCAGACUGUAUGGGUUUACGACUCAGCCUUGAGCAACCCACAGAAUGCCAAAUAUUUGGUCUCAAUCUUCGCUCAUGAAAUUGGUCAUAUUCUUGGCCUUCGCCAUGAGUUUGCCAUCAAAGGCGACAAGAAGAUUGGCAGAGCGCCUGAAGGGUUCGGCGCCACUCAAUUUAAGGAGGAAAAUUACGAUUCUGUGAUGGGUUACAACUUUCCACCGAGGAUCCAAAAGACUGAUAUAGAGGGUAUCAAGGCUUUCUAUAAACUAGAGAACGGUACAAAGAUUGGGGAUUUACCGGUGACGGAUUACCUGCCGACGAUCAUCAAAGCGGACGAUUAA